AUGAUCAUCGAACGCAUUUCAGCGUCCAAAUGCAUAGAGCUACAGGAAGCGACCAAUGCAGAUCCACAGUUACAGCUACUCGCAGCUACUAUUCGACAUGGUUGGCCAGACAAAAGCUAUCGCGUCCCUAUAGACAUACGCACUUACUUCCCCUUUCGAGAUGAACUCACUAUAAGCGACGAUGGUCUAAUUUUAAAAGGCCUAAAGGUUUCAAUACCAAAACCUCUUCAACCGACAUAUACACAGAUACUUCAUGAAGACCAUCCCGCAGCGGAAGCGACAAAACGCCGAGCACGAGACAUAGUUUAUUGGCCUCGGAUGAAUGCUGACAUAGAACACUAUGUCAAUUCAUGUGCCAUUUGCAACAGUAUGAAGCCACACUCGCAGAAGGAACCCCUCCAGAGCUACACUGUUCCAAAAGCGCCCUUUGAAACUAUUGGCAUUGAUCUCUUUCAAUGGAAUGGUAUAAACUACUUAGCAUUAGGUGAUACAUAUUCCACCUGGUUUGAUUUCUGUUCUCUUUCAGACACAACCGCACGUACCAUAAUUUUAAAGCUCAAAGGCAAAUUUGCAACGCACGGUGUACCACAGACAAUUAUAAGCGAUAAUGCACAGCAAUUUGCUGGCCAUGAAUUUCAGGCUUUUGCAACAAACUGGAACUCCAUCCAUAUUACCAGUAGCCCUAACUACCCGCAAUCGAAUGGUCUUGCGGAAAGUGUAGUAAAACGUGCCAAACACCUUCUUGAAAAGACCAAACGCGAAGAACCUCCUGAACCUCCGUAA